AAUUUUUAGAAUUUUUGUAGUAUAAUUUCAGAAUUAAAAUUACAAGCACCUAAAAAUAUUAAUAAAAAAUGAAGAAAUUUUUUUUUAUCAAAAUAUGGAUUUUCACAUACCUCGCGAUCAUAACCGCAGAACUUUCCAACACUAUGGACAAAUUGAUUCUUAACCCAAAUAGUCCCGAUGUUAAAUAUUUCGCCGAAAGAGCCUGGUACGAUCUUGAUUUGAGGGGGGAAUGUAAAACAAUGGUAGAAAACUGCCUAAAAGCGGACUCCAAGCUCGUACGAAGAGUGGAACUUUUUUAUCAAUACAGUAACGUCUACAAAGCCCAGGUGGAGAUAGUUGAUGAAGAGAGGCGGUACAUUAUUUUAGUAGGUUAUAUUGUGCAGGUGAAGAAGAAAAUUAAAUAUACGCCGAUUUCGAUGUCCGUUUCGGUAGAGUAUAAAUGUAUUGUAUAUGUUCACACGGAGGAAAGCAACCCGAUACAAUUGCAAUGUUUCGUAAAUGGUUAUACAUGGACAAAUCUGGAGCAAAGAAAUAAUGAAAUCGCGUACAAUCAAUACUACUAUGAUCGUCAACAAGAUGGCCGACCAGGUAACGGGGAAGUGACUGCUCCUUUUCUAUAGUAGAAAAUUUUUAGUACAAAGAAAAAAUAAAUAAACAAAUUUUAUUUAUGGUUAUGUAUAAUUCAAUUUGGCUAAUCGAUAAAAACUUAAAUAUUUCAUAACAAAGAAGAAUAUACACAUCGUUGAUGAUACUGCAAUACCGCGUUAGUAUAAAA